AAAGCUUUCCAAUCCCACUCCCCCUUCUUAAAUCCCUAAUUCCUCCAAUUUAUUCCUUCCCCAAAUUUCAUCCCAAAGACUUGAUUUUUAAUCUCUCUGAUCAUAUGCUUACAUAGCCAAAGGCUCUGGCUUUAGGGUUUCUUGAUUGGUAAAGAUGCUACCUUGGGGUGGAUUGAGCUGCUGUUUGAGUGCUGCUGCUCUCUAUCUUCUCGGCAGAAGCAGUGGCAGGGAUGCUGAUAUUCUUAAGACCGCCACUCGGGUUAGCCAGUUGAAGGAAUUGGCUAAAUUGUUGGAUUCUGAGUCUAUAUUGCCAUUGGUGGUUGCCAUUUCGGGGAGAGUUAGCUCGGAAACUCCCAUCACCUGUGAGUUCAGUGGUUUGAGAGGUGUAGUUGUGGAAGAAACGGCAGAACAACAUUUUCUGAAACACAAUGAUGCUGGAUCAUGGAUACAGGACUCUGCGUUGAUGUUGUCGAUGAGUAAAGAAGUCCCUUGGUAUCUGGAUGAUGGGACUGGUCGUGUGCAUGUGGUGGGAGCUCGAGGUGCCACAGGCUUUACAUUGCCGGUUGCAAGUGAAGUAUUUGAGGAGUCAGGGCGAUCUCUUGUACGAGGGACGUUAGAUUAUCUCCAAGGCCUCAAGAUGCUUGGAGUCAAACGAAUUGAGAGGGUAUUACCAACUGGAACUUCCUUGAGUGUUGUUGGUGAGGCUGUUAAAGAUGACAUUGGUACCAUUCGAAUUCAACGGCCCCACAAAGGGCCAUUUUAUAUCUCCCCUAAAACCAUUGAUCAGCUCAUUGCAAACCUAGGGAAAUGGGCAAGGUUGUACAAAUAUGCGUCUUUGGGUUUGGGUGUGUUUGGUGUUUAUUUGAUCGCUAAGCAUUCCGUCCACUACAUUAUGGAAAGAAGGCGGCGUUGGGAAUUACAGAAAAGGGUUCUUGCUGCAGCUGCUAAAAGAUCUGGGGAAGAUAUUGAAGGUUCAAAUGAUAUUGAGUAUAAUGCAUCAGAGGCUCCCAAGAAAGACCGUCUGAUGCCUGAUCUAUGUGUGAUAUGCCUUGAGCAGGAGUAUAAUGCGGUUUUUGUCCCGUGUGGUCAUAUGUGCUGUUGUACAACCUGCUCCUUGCACCUGACCAAUUGUCCUCUCUGCCGGCGACGGAUCGAGCAGGUCGUUAAAACUUUCCGCCAUUGAGAUUCUGCUUUAUUUACAGCAGCUGAAGAAAGAUAGUGGAUCAAAUUUUUGUUGAUCUGAAGGCCAACCUCACUUGCAAUUAGACUCUGAAAUGUGGUGCAACGCUAAUCCCCUCGACUUUUGCUUAUCAGUAGAUUUCAAUAUGUUCUCUUAUUUUAUUUCAGAGAAGUUACUGAAACACAGUUCUUUCUGGACUCGAGAUAUUGAGAUUGAAAUAUCUCGGAGUUGCUGAAACUUGUAAAUGAUGGAUGUAUUAUAUGGUUGUAGAAUAGUAUUCAUGUAAACUAAAAGACGAUAUGAGUGAUUCACCUCUAUUUAUACGAGUUUAUCUUGUCGAAAA